CAUACGUACUUAAUCGAAUACUUCUACCACUUUACCUUUACAUUCUAGCACUGAUAAUUCACGAAGACAAUCAUGUCGACGGAUGCCAAGCUCCAGCUGCUCAUAGCCGCCCUGGGCGCCGUAGCGCUGCAGCAAUUCGUGUCUCGACGUCAUCACCAGACUAUCGCAGCGGAGAAGGUGAAGCAGCAGAAGUUUCAAACCAAGAAACUGGCUGAAAGCGCUGCUUCAGACAAUGACGAGGCAUUUGUGGUUGAGAUUGAGUACUGCACAGGAUGCCGCUGGAUGCUACGCGCCGCGUGGAUGGCACAGGAGUUGCUCACGACAUUCCAACAGGACGAGAACAGUCGUCUUCGGUCCGUGACACUCACACCUAACUCGCGCCAAGGCGGUGUAUUCAACGUAUACUUGCGUGAGGUUGGGCCAAACGCUGAUCCGGAUGCUGAGCCAGAGGUGUUGUGGUCUCGCAAGAUCGCGCGCCGAUUCCCGGAAUCCAAGGAGCUCAAGCAGCUUGUGCGCGACAUUAUGUGUCCUGAGCGGGGACUUGGCCACUCAGACAAGAAGUAAACGGUGAAGAGAGAAUACUGUUCGUGUGCAUGAAUCCUAUCGCUUUACGCAGUCUAAACUAAAUGCGCUGCUACUGAGGCGCUCGGAGGUUUGUCAUGACAGUCGGAAGAGAUGGGCGACUUGAACCGCUUGGAAAGACGGCACUAGGACUGACGGCCCAAAGCUCCGUUAGCCACCAACAGAUAAAUUUGCUAAUAAAUCAUUAACCGUACCGUGAAAAAAGAC